AUGGCGACGAAGCUCAAGCUUAACACCGGGGCCGAGAUCCCUGCUGUUGGCUUUGGCACCUGGCAGGAUGAGGAGGCACAGGAAGGCGCCGUCUUGGAGGCGAUCAAGGCCGGAUAUCGUCAUAUUGACACGGCCCGAGUAUACGGUACAGAAAAAGCCGUAGGGAAGGCUGUCAAGAAGAGCGGUGUUCCACGCGAAGAGCUGUUCAUUACCACCAAACUGUGGAACAACAAGCACCAUCCCGACGAUGUUCCGCAGGCCCUGGAGGAUUCGCUGAACGACCUGGACCUGGGCUAUAUCGACUUGUUCCUAAUGCAUUGGCCCGUGGCGUGGAAGAGAGGCAGUGAGCUGUUCCCGAAGGAGAAUGGCAAGCCUGCGGUCAUUGAUGUCGACUACGUUGAUACCUACAAAGCGAUGGAAAAGUUGCUGUCCACCGGAAAGGUGAAAGCCAUCGGUGUUUCCAACUUCUCGAAGGCCGAGAUGGAGCGUCUCCUCCAGCAUGCCACUGUGCCUCCUGCUGUACAUCAGUUGGAAGGCCACCCGUGGCUGCAGCAGAAGUCGUUCCUGGACUGGCACAAGUCCCAGGGCAUCCAUGUGACUCACUACUCUCCGUUUGGAAACCAGAACGAGCUGUACUCCCGUGGAGGCACCAUUGGCAAGCUAAUUGAUGACCCGGUGUUGGUGGAGAUCGGCAAGAAAUACAACAAAAGCGCAGCCCAGGUGGCUCUUGCAUGGGGGAUCAACGAAGGUAGCUCUGUUCUGCCAAAGUCGAAGACCCCCUCCAGGAUCAAGGCGAAUCUGGAAGGAGACUUCAAAUUGAGCGCGGAAGAUAUGCAAAAGAUCCGGGGGAUUGACCGGAAGCUGCGCUUCAAUGACAGCAGCGCCGACUUUGGCCGGGACUUCUUCAGCGAUUUGGAUGGGAAGAACUCGGUUUGA